GAAAGGUGGGGGUGGGGAGCUGAGACUCAUACCCGGGACUGAGUGGGGCCCGGGCAAAAAGCUGAGCACCCUGCGCCCGAGGAGCCCCCGUUGGCCUGGGGGGGCUGAGGGACUGAGCCCCCCAGAGCAGGACCUCCCCCUGGAAGGGCCGCGCCGCAGCCCGUGGGAGGGCCUCGCCCCCGGCGCUCCCCAUCUCCACUCGCUGCUGUCCCGGCCUCCGCCGGAGGGAGGGGCCGAGCGCCCUCGGGGGGCCGUGGACCCCGGCGUUCUGAGCGUUCAGCGCCCCGCGCCGCCCGGCCCCCCCGCCGCCGAUGGCCGCCGACCCGCCGGGAGCUGCCGAGAAGGGAGAGAUGGCUCCCGGGACACGUGUGAGCCCUCGGCGUUGCUGACGCCCCCAAUGUCGUCGAGCAGCCGGGGACCGGGGGCCGGAGCGCGCCGACGCCGAACCCGCUGCCGUCGUUGCCGGGCCUGUGUGCGAACUGAGUGCGGGGACUGCCAUUUCUGCCGAGACAUGAAGAAGUUCGGGGGGCCCGGGCGCAUGAAGCAGUCGUGCCUGCUUCGGCAGUGCACCGCGCCCGUGCUCCCACACACAGCUGUAUGCCUCUUGUGUGGGGAGGCUGGAAAGGAGGAUACAGUGGAGGGAGAAGAUGAGAAGUUUAGUUUGAGCCUCAUGGAGUGUACAAUCUGCAAUGAGAUCGUCCACCCUGGCUGCCUGAAGAUGGGAAAGGCUGAGGGUGUUAUCAAUUCCGAGAUACCCAACUGCUGGGAGUGCCCCCGAUGUACCCAGGAAGGACGGACAAGCAAGGAUGCAGGUGAGGGUCCAGGGCGCCGCAGGGCUGACAAUGGUGAGGAAGGCGCUAACCUAGGGGGUGGAUGGAAGCUGACGGAGGAACCACCACCUCCACCACCCCUGCCCAGAAGAAAGGGACCCUUACCUGCUGGCCCCACCCCUGAUGAUGUGCCUGGGCCCCCCAAACGGAAGGAGAGGGAGGGGGGGAAUGAGCCCCCCACCCCAAGGAAAAAGGUGAAAGGAGGCCGAGAGAGGCACUUGAAGAAGGUGGGUGGAGAUGCCUGCCUCCUCCGAGGAGCGGACCCAGGCAGCCCCGGCCUUCUGCCCCCCAGGGUUCUGAAUCCGAGCCAGGCAUUCUCAUCCUGCCACCCUGGGCUCCCUCCCGAGAACUGGGAGAAACCAAAGCCACCUAUAGCUUCUGCUGAGGGCCCGGCAGUGCCAUCCCCAUCACCGCAGAGGGAGAAACUGGAGCGUUUCAAGCGCAUGUGCCAGCUGCUGGAGCGGGUGCCCGAUACCUCUUCUUCCUCCUCGGACUCGGACUCGGAUUCAGACUCAUCUGGCACAUCACUCAGUGAGGAUGAAGCUCCUGGAGAGGCCCGGAACGGGCGGCGGCCAGCACGGGGCAGCUCCGGCGAGAAGGAGAACCGUGGGGGACGGCGGGCUAUACGCCCUGGCACUGGGGGGCCACUGCUCAGCUGGCCCCUGGGCCCUGCCCCACCACCACGGCCUCCACAGUUGGAGCGGCAUGUCGUGCGGCCCCCACCUCGAAGCCCUGAGCCUGAUACUCUGCCUUUGGCUGCUGGAUCCGACCACCCUCUGCCUCGGGCUGCCUGGCUUCGUGUUUUCCAGCACCUUGGACCCCGUGAGCUAUGUGUCUGCAUGAGAGUUUGCCGGACUUGGAGCCGCUGGUGCUACGACAAGCGUCUGUGGCCUAGGAUGGACCUAAGCCGGAGGAAGUCACUGACCCCACCCAUGCUUAGUGGGGUGGUUCGCCGCCAGCCCCGUGCUCUGGACCUCAGCUGGACAGGUGUCUCCAAAAAGCAGCUCAUGUGGCUCCUGAACCGACUGCAAGGCCUGCAGGAGUUGGUGCUUUCUGGGUGCUCCUGGCUCUCUGUCUCUGCCCUGGGCUCAGCCCCACUGCCAGCGCUGCGGCUCUUGGACCUCCGCUGGAUUGAAGAUGUUAAAGACUCCCAGCUUCGGGAGCUGCUGCUGCCUCCACCAGACACCAAACCAGGGCAAACUGAGAGUCGAGGCCGACUGCAGGGGGUGGCAGAACUUCGCCUAGCUGGCCUGGAGCUCACCGAUGCCUCCCUGAGGCUCCUUUUGCGCCACGCUCCCCAGCUCAGUGCCCUGGACCUGAGUCACUGCGCCCACGUUGGGGACCCCAGUGUCCACCUCCUCACGGCUCCUACUUCCCCUCUUCGAGAAACACUGGUGCACCUCAAUCUCGCUGGGUGCCACCGCCUCACGGACCACUGCCUUCCACUGUUCCGUCGAUGCCCACGUCUUCGCCGCCUGGACCUACGCUCCUGCCGCCAGCUCUCACCUGAAGCUUGUGCCCGGUUGGCGGCUGCUGGGCCCCCCGGCCCCUUUCGCUGCCCAGAAGAGAAACUGCUUCUCAAGGACAGCUAGUUGGGUGCCGACGCCUCCUUCCCUUCCCCAGGACUCAGCCAGAGAACCUGGACCUCUUGCCUUCAUUUCACCCCCUGUUGGGAGGCCAGGUUAUUUUCUUGAUGACUUGGCACUCCUCAGUUUAAUGACUUGGGAUUCCUGCCCAGGGACUUGAGCCAGCCUUCCCUCUCUCCCACCUGCACUGAUUAUCUCGGGGGGUCUUUGCUUCCCAUCUCUCCUUUCACCUGCUUCAUUGUCCAUCCCCUCUGGGGAGUGAGUCAAGAGGUACUGGGGAGGUGCUGAGCCAAAGGGAUGGUGGGAGGGAGGGGCGGUGAAGGUGCAAGUCUGGACUAGGGAAAAUGAGGUGACGUGGUAUCUUGUACACAAGAUACUGGGGGCUGGGGGAGGCGAUGGAUGGGUGUGGGGAGGGCAGAAAUCAGACCAACAAGGGUUCAGGGAACAAAGACCAGUUGGGUGGGAUGGGGGGCCAAAAAGGGAAACCAGAGGAGCAAUUGGGGAUCCGGGUGUCAAGACAGGGGGCGCUACAAGCCAGGUAAUGCCAGGACUGGGGGCUGGGAGAGGAGCAGAUGUGGGGAUAGUACCCUCUGUGUAGGGUUACCUCUCUCCCCUUCCCUCUACCCAGAUUUCAGUUUUCCCCGACCUUGACUCCUUGAACGUCACUGAAAAUGGCAGCUAUUGCAAGGAGUAGGGGCCGCGGGUCUACCUGCUGUUAAGCUCGGUGGCCCAGGGGAGUGGUGAGGGGUAGCCCAGACCCCUGCCUGGCUCUCUACACAAUACUUGAACAUUCAUCUGUACUGAAGUGUUACUUGAACCGGGGGAAUCUCGGACUUGGGGGAGUGUGAUGUGAGGGGACCAGCUUGACCGAGACUGGGCUAGUGGGUACCCAGUUUGGACUGUCCCACCCCUAGCUCUCUUGCUUUACUGUCUUGAACAGCUCCACCCUUCCGACUUGAGUUGGGGUGGGGAAAUGUCAGCUUAAAGAUGGGCAAGAUGGGACUCCUCCAGUUUGGCUCGUCCCAUUCUUUCAUCGUCAUGGAAACUUGUAUCCCAUUUGCCCAGGGAACUGCCACUCCUGGUUGCCAUGGAAAUAGCAGCCAAUGGACACCUCCGGAAAUCAGUGCUAAGACUGGAAACGGUCCCUCUUAGUUGCUGUGGGAACUUAGUAACAGACUCUUGGCACCUCCCCUCUCCCCACCCCUUUCCUUCUUCCAGUGUCGGGGUGGGGUCUCAAGAGCCUGAGGGAGGAGUCAGGUCUAGGUCCCACUCAACUUAGGCCAGGGGGAACUGGAUUGUACUACAUGGGGGUGGGGGGAGGGGAAUCUAUCCACAUACCUCAGGUAACAGGAAGGUGCGCGGGUUGGGGGUGGGGGCUGGGCGGACCAAAGGCAGGAGGGGGGGGCCUGGGGUUGGAGAAAGGCUUGACGGUGGGGCCGCUUGCGGGAGGGGAGGAGGCACCCCGGCAAGGGACAAGUGGGGCACCCAGCCGGGCUGGACCCCUAACCCCACAAGUCUGUACAAUAAGGUUUGCUAUAAAACUCAGAAUCUAGCCGGG